AUGCUGACUACAAUUGGUGCCUGUGAGCCAUACAAAAAAGAAUUUAUAACAGAUUUAUGCAAAUUAUCUGCAUAUUCCCCUUUUAUUGCUAUUACUAAAGCAGCGUCUAUAGGCGAUGAUUGUUUUCGGGGAGAUAGUUUGCUUGAUACCUUGUUAUCAUUACUUUUACCAUUAUUUGCAUAUCUUUCUUUCUCCAAGGAUUUAAAGACCACAUGCUUCGCAUUAGUUGCGAGCGUUGUAAAUUUCAUAGCAGGGAUAACAGAGUUAAUAAGUAUGGAAACCUAUUUUAAACCAAAGAAAAUUGAAAUUAAGCCUGAAACAGUAGCAGAAGAUUUGGAGAAAGGAAAUAAAGGAACUGGAAUUAAUCAUGAAAAAGAUUUAGAAAAAUCAAGGAAAAAAGAUCAAAGAGAAUGA